UUUAUCGUGAAUUAAAAAGUUUUUUUUGUGAGUUUUUUCGCAUUUCCACAAAGAAGUUUGCCGUCAUUUGAGUUGUAAGGCAUUUGUGUUCUUUUUCGCGGAGACUUUGGCUUGCGAACGGGCAAUUUAGCGUGUCGCACGGACCUCUUCACGACCCGAAAAAACCUCGAAAGCGAAAUAUUUUCUCUGAUACUUCGCCUCUUUCUACAACUAUACAAGAAGAUCAAUAAUUCUGACACAUUCAGCUGUGGCCCGUUUCGCGACGAAAGUCACAACUUCCGUGUGUCGCAAUUGGAGAUACGCCUUUUGUGGUGCGCAAAUUGACGAUAUCGAAAAUUUUUUUUCCUUCAUUUUUUAAUGUGAAAUUAUUUUCGCACUACGACGACGGAAAAACACGCGAAAAGCCAUUUUGCGGGAUUUCGAGUGCGCCGAAAACGGAUAAUAAGCGACUUUUUUUCCUUUAAUUGCAGUCAGAGUACCUAAAAAGAAGCCGCUACGACAAUCGCCGAAUACAUAUAAAAACACAUAAAUAUAGUACGCGUACCUGCAUCGUCGUCGGAAAUACUUUUAGCAUCGCACACACGAGACGCAGCAACUUCCGCGAACGCACGAAGGAUCAUUUUUCGCAGAAUUCGCAGUGAAGGAGCCGCAACAUGAGCUCCCGUCAAACGUUCUAUAUCGUCGAAGUGGGCGACACAAAGUUCACCAUUCUCAAAAGAUACCAAAACUUGAAGCCAAUCGGGUCAGGAGCGCAGGGAAUCGUCUGUGUCGAGUAAUUCUUACCCAUGUACCUACCUCCGUUCGUUAUCUACAUUGACGCCAAAUAAAAAAGAAGAAGAAAAAAAAAUCAUAUUGAAAAAAUUACAUCAAACAAAACUUGACUAUCUAACGCAACUCGCUUGUUAUGAUGAAUCAGAAACUUGAACUGAUGAGGAAACGACAAAAAAAAAGUUGAUAAAGUGAAAUUAUGUCAGAUUUGAUGAUUAAAUAAUAAUCAAUUUUUUUGCAUGUCAAAUACUUUAUUGUAAAUUUUGUAAAAAAAAAAGACAAAAAAAAAAGAAAUUUAGUGCCAGAGACAUUUUUUUAUAGUUUUAUGAUUUUUUGUUGUGAAUAUUUUUAUUUUAUUAUUUGAAAUAAGUAAAGCCCGAUAGUUAGUUGAAAAGUAAUGGAAACUGUAGAAAAUAGAUUUGUGGCAUAUCAGUUUGGCGAUACUGAAUUUAUUGUGCCAUCACGCUACAGAGAUCUUAGACCUUGCGGUAUUGGGGCACAAGGCACUGUGUGUGCCGCAUACGACACAGUUACACAGCAAAAUGUUGCCAUCAAAAAAUUAUCAAGACCAUUUCAAAAUGUUACACAUGCAAAAAGAGCCUACAGGGAGUUUAAACUAAUGAAAUUAGUUAACCACAAAAAUAUCAUUGGUCUCUUAAAUGCAUUUACGCCUCAACGAACAUUAGAAGAAUUUCAGGAUGUUUAUCUGGUUAUGGAGUUAAUGGAUGCGAAUCUGUGUCAGGUUAUCCAAAUGGAUUUGGAUCAUGAGCGAAUGUCGUAUUUGUUGUACCAGAUGUUGUGCGGCAUCAAGCAUUUACAUUCAGCUGGGAUUAUACACAGAGAUCUCAAGCCAUCCAAUAUCGUCGUGAAAUCCGAUUGUACCUUGAAAAUAUUGGAUUUCGGAUUGGCUCGCACAGCGGGAACGACUUUCAUGAUGACACCAUAUGUCGUGACGCGAUAUUACAGAGCGCCCGAAGUCAUUUUAGGCAUGGGUUAUAAGGAAAAUGUAGAUAUUUGGUCCGUUGGAUGCAUCAUGGGCGAGAUGAUUCGCGGCGGCGUUCUAUUUCCCGGCACAGAUCACAUUGACCAAUGGAAUAAAAUUAUUGAACAAUUGGGCACUCCAUCAACAUCAUUCAUGACACGACUACAGCCAACGGUGCGUAAUUACGUGGAGAAUCGACCGCGAUAUCAGGGAUAUCCGUUCGACAGACUCUUCCCCGAUGUCCUUUUCCCGAGCGACUCGAACGAGCACAAUCGAUUGAAGGCGAGCCAAGCGCGCGACCUUCUCAGCAAGAUGCUGGUUGUCGAUCCGGAGAACCGGAUUUCCGUCGAUCAGGCACUGUUGCACAGCUACAUCAACGUUUGGUAUGACGAGAGUGAAGUGAAUGCUCCUUUAAAAAUUAAAACUCAUUCGCAGCCGGCACCUGGUCCCUAUGAUCAUAGUGUCGAUGAGAGAGAACACACUGUCGAACAGUGGAAAGAACUCAUUUAUCAGGAAGUGAUGGAAUACGAGGCGCGCGGCAGCAAUAAUGGCGAAGCGAACGACAGCAGUGGCGCACGGUAGAAAUUAGCGAGUCAUCAGCACCAACAUCCGCAGCAACAGCAACCGACUCAGACAAAUAUUCGGUACGUUUAAUGUCUUCGCAUCUCCGUUAAUUCACAAGAAAAACUUCUCCUUUUAACAAAAAGUCACUAAAAAUGCUAUUAAAUCCUCUUCUCUCAACAUUUUUUCCGUAAUUCAAAAAUACACAGAGAUGGAGCGCAUGCAAAAAGUAUGAUAAUAAAAUGAAUGAAUAAUUAGUAGCAAGUAAAAAAAAACAAUUAAUCAUAUAAAUAAAAAAAAAUAA